AUGUCAACCAGCACGUUUGCAACCUCGGCCCGCGCGCUCCAGCACAUCAUUUCAACAGCCGGUGCCUCCCGCAGAGCGGCCACGAGCCCUCGCCGUCCGUCGUCUCUAGGCUUCGCCGGCCGAGGAGGCGCGCUGCUGCAGGUUCCGAGCGUCCUUAUUAGGUCCUCCCGCUGCAAGCUGGACGUCUCCGCGGCGGCCGUCUACAUGGUGAAGCUGGUGACCCCGGGAGGGCGGGAGUACGAGCUCGAGGCGCCGGACGACGCCUACAUCCUCGACACGGCCGAGAGCGCCGGCGUGGAGCUGCCGUGCGCGUGCCGCGCCGGGGCGUGCUACAAAUGCGCCGGCAAGGUUGAGGCCGGCACGGUCCACCGGGCGGACGGCUCGCUCCUCCACGGCAGGCUGCAGGAGGAAGGCUACGUGCUCAUCUGCGUGUCGUGCCCCAGGUCCGACUGCGUCAUACAUACCCACAAGGAGGACGACCUUUGGUGACAGCCACUGGCGAUAGAUUGUUAGGCUCCAUCUUUGGUGCUUGAACCAGCAAAAUAAAUCUAAUCUAAUCUCUA